AUACGGUACUUACUGCUAUUUAUGAUAAAGUACUCUGUGCGUUACUGUAUAAAAUGAGUAAAAGUAAGGUGAUCUACAUUUGGGAAGAAAAUCUUAUUAAAGAGUGCGACCGUCUACCGGCAGUUUUGGACAGAGCUUCCUUAGUUCAUGAACUUAUUACAGCUUAUGGCCUAACAAAUCGUUGUAAAAUCGUAAAGUCCGUUCCAGCAACAUAUAACGAGCUAACAGUGUUUCAUUCUGAGCUCUAUAUUAAUCAUUUGAAGACUCUCUUAGAUGUUGAAGACGACUAUAUUCCCACUGCUGAAGAUGAAAAGUAUGGAAUUGGAUAUGAUUGCCAACCAGUCUCCAAUAUGUACAGCCUUGUGUCAGUGGUUGCAGGGAGCUCUGUCACAGCAGCCAAAUGUAUCUUAAUGGGAUUGUGCGAUGUGGUCAUUAACUGGUGUGGAGGUUGGCACCAUUCACAGAGAUUUACUGCUGAAGGUUUUUGCUAUGUAAAUGAUAUAGUUAUAGCUAUUGAGCAGUUGCUUAAGAAGUUUCCUAAGGUGCUUUAUAUAGAUUUAGAUGUGCAUCAUGGCAAUGGUGUUCAAGACGCAUACAACUUGAGUAAAUCAGUUUUCACAUUGUCCUUCCACAAAUAUGAGCCGGGGUUUUAUCCUGGUACUGGAGGUGUUGAGGAAAUAGGUACACUGAAUGGCCAGGGAUACACAUGCAACUUCCCUCUGCAUGCAGCUUAUUCUGACAAAAGUUUCAUAUAUGCAUUUGAAAAGUCAUUUGCUUUAGUGUAUGAUCAUUUUAAACCAAAUGUAAUUGUUGUACAAUGUGGUGCAGAUGCUCUAGCUAAUGAUCCACAAGGAGGCGGGGGAUUGACUGUGAAUGGCUACUGCACUAGCAUCCAGCAUGUACUAAAUAAGAAGAUACCUACAAUGUUAUUAGGUGGAGGUGGCUACAACUUUCCUAAUGCAGCAAAACUGUGGACAUCCAUCACAGCUCUAGUUCUUGGUGAAAAGUUGGAUGAAAAUAUACCAGAACACAAGUACUGGCCAAAAUACGGACCCGAUUUCUUGUUAAAUGUGCGACCACUAUUAAGCAAAGAUUUAAACUCAAUAGAAUACUUAGAGGAAUGUAUUAAAACAAUUGAAGGAAACUUACGGAAAUAUUUAGGUGAAAGUUUGCAAUCUAACAAUGUAAAAGAAGAGACUGGAAUUAAACAAAACAAUAACAAGAUUAAAUGCUAUAUGAUUUCCAAGGAAAGUAAUAAUCCAAACUGUGAAAAGGCUGAUGUAUAUGAUUUUAGUGAUUAAAUAUUUUAAAGAUUC